AUGAAUGCGGUUCGCUGCUCUCGUUCGGCCGUGUCUCUGCCGGCAUGGCGGGCGUCCCAGCUGAGCCGUUUGCCACGGCACCGAACGCCUCGAUUUGCGCAGACAGGCAACGUCUUCCGCCGGUGGGAGACGUCGACGACGGGCGAUGACAAGAGCGGCCACAUUGCGGCGCAACCCGGCGAGGGCAUCAUCUUCUUCGACAAUGUGUUUCCGCUGCGCGUGAGUAGUGUGGUGAAUUGGCGGCUGUGGUUGUCUGCGUCGGACUACACCGACGCGGAUGUGUCUACGCUGCUAAGGCGGCUCACCGGGGCCAAGUCGACGUCGUCUGGGCCAUCUCUACUAUCGCCCAUCCUGUCCAUGUUCGACCCCGUCGCGCAGGUGCAGCGGGCCAUCCCAGCCGACCUGCCGUUGACUAUCACAGAGAUUGUGCCUCGACUGAAAGACGGCGGCGUGUUUAUCAAGUUUCGACACCCGGCCGACCUGGCGGCGACCGAAAUUGAGGAGUCCCUGACGAGGUCGCUGUACAAGAGCCCAGUACGGCCCUGGUUCAAUCCGCUCUGGGGCUGCAUGCGUGCAGGACUCGUGCGCGGCGUGCCCUGGCUAGAGGAUCUGGCCUCGCGCGUGCCAUCAGAGCGGGUACGUGUUGAAUUUUGUGCGCCACCACCACCACCACUACUGCCAAGCAGAACAGGAGCAGCAAGUUCCGCGGCUACGACUGCUCCGGUCGCUGGCGGUGAUGCGUCGGGCAGCGCCAGCCUGGAGCUCUCGCAAGAGACCAUCUACAGCCUGUUCCGGCGCUACGGAAAGAUUGCGGAGAUCUCGUCGCAGCCGUUUGAGUCGAAGACGCUGCCGCGGUAUACGGUGAUUGAUUUUGUGCGGGUGCGUGACGCCGUUCUGGCGCGCAGCUGUCUGCACGGAUAUGUGGUCAACGGGGCGACACGGCUGCGGCUCUCGUACGAGCCGCGGGCACGGGCACACCACAUUUGGGACUGGCUGACGAGCCAUCAGCGAAUUGUGGUUCCGAUCUUGGCGGCACUGCUGGCAACGGUCACGGUGGCAGUAUUCGACCCGAUCCGGACGUUUUUCAUCCGAGCGCACGUGCAGCACUCGUUUGCGUUGCGUGACAGCAGUCUGUACAAAUGGCUGCAGCGGCGGACAUCGGCGAUGCUGGCGUUUGCGCGUGACUCAUACGACGCAGCGGCCGACGGGAUGGGAAUGGGCAGCGGCGGCAGUGGUGUGGGCAGCGGCAGCCGGCCUGGGCUGCGGGCGUUGCUGAGCCACCGGCGCGAUCUGCUCGACUGGCUGAACACGUGGCUGCUGGAGACGUCGGAGACGUUCAUCGUGGUGCAGGGACCCCGGGGCUCGGGCAAGCGCGAGCUGGUGGUGGACCAGGCACUCAGCGGGCGGCGGGACGUGCUGGUGAUCGACUGCAAGCCGAUCGUGGAGGCGCGGGGUGAGAGCGCGACGAUCAAGAAGAUGGCCAACGCGGUCGGAUACCGGCCGGUGUUCUCGUGGGCCAACAACAUUAGCAGCCUGGUCGACUUGGCGGUUCAGGGCACGACGGGCGUCAAGUCGGGCUUCUCCGAGACGUUGGACGAGCAGCUGGCCAAGAUCCUGCAGACGGCGGCGGUAGCGAUGCGACAGGUCGGCCUUGCCGGCCGCCACAAGAGCGACAUUGACGCCAGCCUGAACGAGGACGCGUACCUGGAGGCACACCCAGAGCGGCGACCGGUGAUUGUGUUGGACAACUUUGGCCAGCGCAACGAGGACGCCACCGGCCUGGUGUACGACAAGCUGGCUGAGUGGGCGGCGGCACUGGUGCAGGCAAAUGUGGCACACGUUGUGUUCCUGACGAGCGACACGUCGUACCCCAAGGCGCUGGUCAAGGCGCUUCCAGACCGCGUAUUCCGGCAGAUGGCUCUAGGAGAUCUGUCGCCUGCGGUGGCCAAGAAAUAUGUGUUGAGCCACCUGGCGGUGAAGGAGGACGACGGAGAGAACAGCAGCAGCAGCAGUGAAGAGAGGAAAACGGCCAUCGAGGCUGUUCAAGAGGAAAGCGUGGCAGUGACGACAACGACGACAACAAAGACAGAUAGCCCCCUGGGCGCGACGCAGACUCGGCGGGAAGCGAUCAGCGAGCUGGACGAGUGCAUUGGCGUGUUGGGAGGUCGUCUGACGGACCUGGAGUCGCUGGUGCGACGGCUGAAGAGCGGGCAGAGGCCGAAACGGGCGGUGACAGAGAUUGUGGACCAGAGCGCCACAGAGAUCAUCAAGAUGUUUCUGCUGGCACCGAGUAAGCAGGCUGGCGGCAGUAGCAGUGGCAGCAGUAGCAGCUCAUCGUCGAGCGGCUCAGGAGCGGCUCCGGGUGGUGUUGGCUCGACGGCGGGCAGCAGAGGAACGAGCUCGCCGCGAGCGUGGACGGCUGAGCAGGCAUGGUACCUGGUUCGAGAGGUAGCGGCUAAGGAGAGCCUGCGGUACAACGAAGUGCUGCUGUCGGACUUGUUUGCGACGGCAGACGGGAUGGACGCGUUGGACGCGCUGGCAGCAGCCGAGCUGGUGACGAUCCGGUCAGCACGCGGACGGCCGCAGACGAUUCGCGCCGGCAGUCCCGUGUACCAGGCAGCAUUUUCACGGCUGCGCAGCGACACAGCAUUGGCGGCGCGGCUGGACCGCAGCGUGCUGGCGGCUCGGACGGCCGUCGAGACCAAGGCGGUGGCCAAGGCCGAGGAGGAGCUGGUGCUAUUGGGCAGCCUGCCACGACAGCCGGCACAGACGACUGAGCGGGUGCAGUACCUUUUGAUGAAGCUGCAGACGGCCCAGGCUCGCGUGACGGCGUACGAUACGGAGAUGAGCCGGCUCAAAAAGGUCAUGUCGGAGGAGGUGUGA